AUUAUUCCAUUGUUCGCAUCUGAUCAAUUUCUUUUCAUAUUUUAUGGUAUAAACUAAUGCAAAAUUUCAUAUUAGGCUGAUGUCAUUUAUACCAAUCCGCGUUUCAACCUUUCCAUUCUUCCUUAUAAUUAUUGGAUACACCUGUCCAGUAGCUUCCCUUAUUGUUUGUUUCUCUACAUAUUCCCAAGUCUUCAAGAUUCCAUUUCUUUUGGGUGUUUCCUGGAGAAUUCCUUCCAUGGGACAGAAAACUAGAAAACUUUCAGAUGAAUAUGAAGUUUCGGACAUUCUUGGGAGAGGUGGAUUCUCAGUUGUAAGAAGAGGUAUAAAGAAGUCCAGUGGAGAGACAAGUCAUGUAGCCAUCAAGACUCUCAGAAGAUUAGGUCCAUCAACUCCUUCAAGAAUCCCUCGCGUCAACUUUCCAACAUGGAAGCAGGUUUCCAUAUCCGAUGCCUUGCUUACCAAUGAGAUAUUGGUUAUGAGAAAGAUUGUUGAAAACGUAUCACCCCAUCCCAAUGUCAUUGACCUUUAUGACGUCUAUGAGGAUCAAAAUGGUGUGCAUCUUGUCCUAGAGCUUUGUUCGGGCGGCGAGCUUUUUGAUCGGAUCGUAGCCCGGGACAGGUACUCGGAGAUUAAAGCAGCAGCUGUAGUUAGGCAGAUUGCGAGAGGGUUAGAGGCUCUUCACAGGGCCAAUAUCGUACACAGGGACUUGAAGCCAGAGAACUGUCUUUUCUUGAAUGAAAGUGAUGACUCUACUUUGAAGAUCAUGGACUUUGGAUUGAGUUCUGCGGAGGAAUUCACAGAUCCAGUUGUUGGGCUGUUUGGUUCUAUUGAUUAUGUUUCACCAGAGGCUCUUUCUCAGGGCAGAAUAAGUUCUAAAAGCGAUAUGUGGUCUUUGGGAGUAAUCAUGUAUAUUCUGCUCUCUGGGUAUCCACCAUUCAUUGCACAGUCAAACCGGCAGAAGCAACAAAUGAUAAUUGCUGGUGAAUUCAGUUUCUAUGAGAAGACUUGGAGGAAUAUUACUUCCUCAGCAAAGCAAUUGAUUACUGAUCUCUUACAAGUUGAUCCUGAUAAGAGACCAAGUGCUCUAGAUAUUCUCAACCAUCCAUGGGUAAGAGGUGAUUUGGCGAAAGAGGAACAAAUGGACCCUGAGAUCGUAUCAAGACUGCAGAGUUUCAAUGCCCGUCGCAAACUCCGAGCUGCAGCAAUAGCGAGCGUGUGGAGCAGCACAAUCUUUUUGAGAACCAAGAAGUUAAAAUCUUUACUGGGCUCCCAUGACCUUAAAGAAGAAGAAAUUGAGAAUCUCAGGAUACAUUUUACAAAACUAUGUGCGAAAGGCGACAAUGCCACUCUAUCAGAAUUUGAAGAGGUGCUAAAGGCAAUGAACAUGUCUUCACUAAUCCCUCUAGCACCACGCAUAUUUGAUCUCUUUGACAACAAUCGUGAUGGAACAGUUGACAUGAGAGAGAUACUCUGUGGGUUCUCCAGCUUGAGGAACUCUCAAGGAGACGCUGCUCUUCGGCUGUGCUUCCAGAUGUAUGAUACAGACAGAUCUGGAUGCAUCACAAAGGAAGAAGUAGCAUCCCUGCUCAGGGCAUUGCCAGAGGACUGCCUUCCAGCAGAUAUCACAGAACCUGGAAAACUGGAUGAAAUAUUUGAUCGAAUGGAUGCUAACAGUGAUGGAAAAGUCACCUUCGAUGAGUUCAAAGCUGCCAUGCAAAGAGACAGUUCCCUGCAGGAUGUACUCCUCUCCUCUCUUCGCCAACAAUAAUUUUGCAAUUAUAUAGCGCCUUUGCUUUUCCCAUAUUUUGUUUGAGCUUUUCUUGUUACAGGCAAUAGAAACUGCAACAAAAUGAGGUGAAAAAAGAUAUUACUAGUCUCUUAAGAAUUUGCUAUGAACAUGUCAUUCUAAUACAAUGCCAAACCAAAAUCACCAAUGCCUGCUUUAA